AUCUCUUAAUAGAUGCGGGUUUAAAAAGAUUUAUUCCAAGUCAUCAUAUGAGGUGGACGUGGUGAAGGAAGAACCCCAAAAUUAGAAAUCUAAGCCAGUAGGCACAAUUAGGGCAAUAGAUCAUCUCUUCCAAUUUUGGCGCAAUUGCUGUGUUUUUUCUUUUUGCCGGUGACAGAUAAAGCAUGACAGUCGACGACAACAGCUCCAUAUACGUCGGUGGCCUCCCCUACGACAUCACGGAGGACGGCCUCCGCCGCAUAUUUUACGUGUACGGCGCCGUCAUCGCCGUCAAGAUUAUCAAUGACCGAACCGUUGGGGGAAAAUGCUAUGGAUUUGUUACUUUCGCGAAUCCAAGGUCAUCAGUGCAAGCCAUCAGGGAGAUGGACGGCAAGACCAUUCAUGGGCGAGUUGUCAAGGUCAAUGACGUUAGAACUAGGAAUGGGAAACCACACUUUAAUCGUGACCCUCGGCAUGACUUGGAUAGAAGUAUGGAUAGUGAUAGAGGUAGAGAUCGCGGAAGAGAGGAUAGUUAUGAUCGGCACCGUCAUCAUGAUGGACAUAGGGACAGGUCUCUAGACCAUGAAGAAAACAGGGAGAGAGGCCAUGAUCGGACACGUGGUCAUGAUCGCAUGAGGGAUCGUUAUGUGGAUGACGAGAGAUUUCAGGACUAUAUCAGACAUGUAGAUGAUGUUGAGCAGGAUCAUGGGAGAAAGCGUGAGCGCGACUGGGAAAGAGAUGGUGAAAAGAAUAUCGAGAAACAGAGAAACACCUUUCAUCAUAGAAGUGGGGACAAGGAUAAUGAUCAACAACAUCGUUAUCCGAAGAGGUCCGGAUUUGAUGAUCAUGGGAGUAGAGAGCUUUCAUUGGAUUCUUUCAAUGAUGAUCUGGAUCAGGGAGAAAACCAAUUAGCAGUUUCAAAUCUGAAGCUUGAGGAACUUCGUAAAGAGAGAUCUGAGAUGGAAGAAUUAGUUGCAGAAAAACAAGAAGUUGUUUCUCAGUUACAAGAAAAGUACCAGAAAUUGGAGGAUUCUGUAAUUGCUGCUAAGAAGUUAUCUGCGCGACGUCACAUACAAUUAACCAAGCUGCAUAAAUGUUAUCUGCAAAUGAGAGACUAUGAUGAGAGAUUCAAACAAUCGGAACAAGAACUUCAGUGGCUUGUGGAUUCAACUGCGACUGAGUUGGGAAACGACGGAGGAGGUGUUGGUGAUGGCAUAGUCACAAAUGGGAGGGCUUAAUAUGAAUUUUGAGGUCUCUGGCAUCAAAUAUUUAUCAGUUUCCUCAUGUUUAACUUUCCAUAAACUCAGCUCUAAACCUCUAACCAACAACGAAGUGCAAGAUAUCUAUUCCAUCAUGAUUCUACACUAUCACUAUCCUAAUUAUUUUCAUGGCCUAGAUCACAUUAACAAUUAAUCAAGUCAAAGCUGAACAAACGAUGAUCUUUAGAAUUCUCUCACUUUUGCUUCAAGACAGAAUUCGACAGUUCUUGAGUUAUAGAACCCGGAGUUUCGCCUCUCGGACAAGAUUAUGAGCUUCUAACUCGGGAAACGGGGCUCUAACAGCAGAUAGGGGAGAUAUGGAGAAUGAAAUGUAUUUAUAUGAAUCGGUAGAAAAUCAUUCUUAGUUCAGAUGUAAAUGUCUUGUUCAGAUUAUAUAUUGGUUGCUUUGCUGCUUGUGAUUAGUAGUGAUAUAGUCAGGUAGGUGUAACAUUUUUUUAAUGUAAUGAUGCAUCUUUUGUCCA